AUGAGCAGCAACAACCCCCGGGAUAUUGUGUUCCUGCCCGCGUUAACAACGAACCGUUCUGUGAGGCAGAAAGAAUUGAUCAAAUCCGGAGUGCGGGCACACACAGCGAGACUCAUACAUCAGCGACGCAAGGCGAGGCAGCAGCGGGAGGAGUCAAUACAACCACUGACUCUCAAUGUUUUACCUGCCUCUACGGAAUUGUAUGAGAAUCUGCUCGAGAGAAGCAAGAUGGGCUUGAGUAUUGCGGGCUCAUCAGAUCCGUUCCAGUCAUUUCCAAUAGAAAUCACCCCUGAAAUCAACCACAUCAUUACAUUGGCGAGGGAUGUCCUUCUGCCAAAUCUCUAUAUACCUUCGUUUGUCAGGCGGUUGUCUUUUGGGGUCUCCAAAGACAUUUCAUUCAGUCGUGCGCAAUUCUCAAUCGCUGGAUCUGCUGUGUCGGCCGAUUUGAAUCAAUUUAAGAAUGCCAAUAAGGGAGUGGCUGCGGCAUGGUUAAGUGGCCACAUUGGCUUCUUAGCAAAACUUGGAUAUCAAUUGGAAGAGCAUGAUAUAUCUCUUCUUGAACUGAAACUAAGGCAGACAAGCUUACGACUACUUCGGGGAAAUCUUCUGAGUCACCCUGGAGAAGAUCAAAACAAUCUGUCUCUGGCAAUCCAACACAUCAUGCUGCUUUUCCAGUCAGACUGCAAACGAAGAGACUCAGAAGCUGCCUCAAUUCAUGGACCCAUCCUCAUAGGCCUCCUUGAAAAGCUCAAAGAUAAUACCAAUAUCAUACAGCACCUUAUUGUGAUGAUGUUUGGCUACGCUGAGCUUGCUGCCAAUACUUUGGGAAGGCCAGUGAUAACGCUCAACUUCGAGAUGAUGAAAAGAUUGACCGAUUUUUGGGCAUCAGCUUCAUCACUAGUGCAAAUUACUGAUGUCCGCUAUCGAGACGUCCAUCCAAGCAUUGACAAUCCAAUUCUUCGCACAAUUUUCACAAGACUACGAGCUUGCCUAGUGAUUGCUGAGACACCAUUACCAGUCACGGAUACAGCACAAAAGGCUCGCGGUCUGGCAGUCUACUCUUGGAUCGCAACAGAAACGUUCAACGAUAUGUGUGUUCUACUAAACCUGUACCAUGAUCUCAUGGAAGGACAGUAUGAAAAUAAGACAUCAGGAGAGUGCCUUACCGAGGCCUGCAUUGCGCUCACCCUUUUGCAUACUCUCCGCAAAUGCAUCCACGAAGCAGAAAUGGACGGCAAAGACUUACGGGAUACCUCACCCGUGAUCAUGCCACGAUUAAGAAAACACCUGGAAAGCGCUAUUGAGACUUUAAUCUCAAGAGAAUGUGCACACUAUGCGCAAGUGUAUCUUUGGAUGUUCUCUGUGGGUGCUCAAAAUGAGCAACGAGAUAGAUUAGGGAGCGAAAACGAGGAACCCAAGGAAUCUUCUUUGGGAUGGUUUAAUGAUAUGCUGGCCGAUCAAGCACAAUACUUGAACAUAACGACCUGGCAUGAGGCAAGGACAAUUCUCGAGUGUUUUGUCCACGACAGACACCAAAUUCCCGAUGGAAAUAUCUGGUUUGAGCAGUCUAUUAAUCGGCGGCAAACUGACAUAAGAAUGGAGAAGAUCGAUGUUACUAGAGCAGACUCGCACAAGGAUAAGGAGUGGCAACCGUAUGCGGCGGCGGCGGCGGCGGCGUACUUGAAGGGAUUGUUAUCGGCCGUUCCAGUACAAGAAGGGAUCUCCGUACCUCUUGUAGCGAUGGUUGAAAAUGAAAAAGGUUUGGACCUCGUCGACGCUCUAGAUAUGGGCGAAGGUCUCUUCAUUAGCCGAAAGGGACAACUGAAAGAGAUGGGCUCAUUUCUCGAGCCCCAUCAGAUUCGAAAUGGCUCAACACGACCCUACAAGCAUGGGAAUGACUACAACGACACAACGUUCUAUGCCAUAACCCUCGAUCCAUUUACAGUCCCCAGCUUCGAUAUCCCACUCCCUAUACCAUCGCCACUGCUUUCCCUGGCCGUCCGGCCUGCGGAAAUUCUCGAUUCGGAUAUCAUUAUUGGAACAAUCCGUGAUCUAACUUCGUGA